AUGGAGGCCGCGAGGAGAGCCUCACUUGCUGAGGCGGAGGCACACCAAAUCAGAGCAUCACAGAUAGCGGCUGGGGCGUCUAGCUCCCGCACUAUAGAGACAGCAGGAGGCCCUACUGAUGGUGCGGUGGCUGCUGAGGACAUCACUGAGGGGCAAGUUACCAGUGUUGGGUUUCGUGAGGCUAUCCAGAUGCUGAGUCAAGUUGUGACCAAUCAAGUUGAGAAACAAAGAAGAGCUCGACAAGAAGGGGCUAAUACUUCAAGGAUUCAGGUAUUCUUGAGGAUGAAUUCCCCAAGCUUCACUGGUUCAAGCAUCACAGAAGAUCCGGGAAACAUUAUGGAAGAGUUGAAGAAGUGGAAGGAGGGCAGAGGUGAGGAUGCACCACAUCCGAGUUGGGCUUGCUUUGAAAAAGCUUUCUUGGGGCGUUUCAUUAUUAGAGAAAUGAAGGAAGCAAAGGUGCAUGAGUUACUUAUUUUGAAACAGGAUUCCUUGAGUGUUCAGGAGUAUGUGUUGAAGAUCACUCAACAGUCUCUCUAUGCUCUGAAGUGUCUUCAUGGCCAAUCAAGUAGUUUUAAAUGCGGUCAUGAGGGGAACUACAUGAAAGAGUGUCCCAAGAAUAAGUAUGGAGGUGGAAAUCCAGGCAAUAGAGCCCAAACAUCAUCAAUUGCUCCACCAGACAGGGCUGAACCUAGAGGAGCCACUUCUGUUACUGGCGGCGGGGCAAACCAUCUCUAUGCAAUCACUAGCUUCCAAGAGUAA